AUUAUUGCAAAUAAUAUGGAGGAUAAACUUCCUGGGGUCAUAGAAAUGACCGGAGUCGACACAAAGGAAAAAGACGACAAUGCUAAUUAUGACGUAGAAAUGGGAAAUUGUAACACGUCACAAAAGGGAUCUCAAAAGAAACUAUGGCAACGACUGUUUCAGAUUAUUAAGACGACAAACCGGGUUCGUCCCAACGCUCGCAAUAAGGACACUGAUGAAACGCAAGAAGAGUUCACAUACAGACGAAAAUCAUUUCUGAGGAAAUUUGCUCCGACGAAACAACGAGGUAGUCUGACUACUGCACAUCACACUAACUCUAGAUCGCCGGAAGAAACUGUUGAAUAUAUGCCGAGCAGGAUAUGGUGUAACAGGGGUGUGGUCGACCCUGAAGGCACUCCAUUGUACAUAUGGUUAGGAGUCGUCACUGUUGCCUGGACGUAUAGUAUGUGGUUGUUGAUAGUUCGUCAAGCAUUUCAUGAACUUCAAGAUGAUGCACAGAUGCUGUGGCUGAUCCUAGAUUAUUUCUUCGACUUUAUCUACGUUCUUGACAUCUUUGUUAGAAUACGAACAGGAUAUCUAGAGAACGGAUUGCUAGUCUACGAGUCUGGGAAACUCGCAAAAAAUUACGUUCUCUCUCGAUGGUUUGCCGUUGAUCUCUUAUCCCUUGCUCCAACUGAUAUUUACUUCUUAACUAGCGGAGUCGUGCAACCUCUUCUGCGAUUCCCAAGACUUUUCAAAAUUCACAGAACAAAGGCGUUUGCAAGGCGAGCAGAAUCUCGCACUUCUUACCCAAAUCUUCUCCGAGUUCUCAACCUCUGUCAUAUGCUGAUGCUUCUCAUGCAUUGGUUUGCUUGUUUCUACUACAUGAUCAGCGAAUCGGAAGGAUUCGUCUCCCAUCAGCAAGAUCUUUCUGGCAAUAAUCCAGCCGUAAUAUUUAUAGGCGAGGAGAGGGGUUGGGCCUAUCCCCUGCCGUCUAAUACCUCGAUUCCGUCACCAUGGACUGGUUUGCGAAGGAAGUAUUUGCACUCGUUAUAUUGGGCUUGUCUGACUUUAACUACAAUUGGAGAAAAGCAAUCUCCCGAUACGGAUAUACAAUAUGUAUGUACACUGGCUGCCUAUUUCCUUGGGAUCUUCGUUUUCGCUACAGUCGUGGGUCAAGUCGGAAACGUCAUUGCAAACAAAAAUAUGGAUAGAUUGGAAUUUGAGAGACUUGUGGACAACGCAAAAAUGUUCAUGAAAACAAAAGGAGUAUCAAAGGACAUGCAGAAUAGGAUUCUAAGAUGGUACGAUUACUCUUGGUCACGUGGUAUACUUCGAGGUGCUUCAGAUGUAAACGCUCUCGGAAUGAUUCCAGAUACUUUGAAAAUUGAGCUCGCAAUUAGAGUUAACAUGGACACACUCAGGAAGGUUUCUAUCUUCAAGCUAGUGCAGCCAGAGUUCUUAUAUGCACUUGUGUUAAAAAUGCGAUCUUUUGUGUUUACUCCUGGUGAUUUAGUGUGCAGGAAGGGAGAGGUCGCAAGAGAAAUGUUCAUCAUCAACCAUGGAGUCCUCAAUGUAGUAAAUGAUUGUGGUCACGUGGUUGCUAGUCUCGGAGCAGGCGAUUUCUUUGGAGAAAUCGGAGUUUUGAACAUAGUGAACGGAGUCAAUAAACGUGUGGCUAAUGUAGUAUCCGUCGGAUACUCGGAAGUUUUCUCUCUCGCUGGAAAAGAUGUCUUAAAAGCAAUGGAAUAUUAUCCAGAGGCGAAGAAUCUUCUUCUAAUAUACGGGAGACAGAGAUUCAACGAGACACAGAACUCAGAUAAUAAUAAUGCAACGGAGGGGAACAGUGCUUCUACAUUCGGGAAUGGUUUAUCAAGCAGUUCAACUGAUUCAUCUGCAUCUGCAGCCAGCAUUAGAUUGAGAGAACGGAGGAAAAGAGAAUUCGGGCUGAGUGCCCGCAAGGUUGCACCUGACAACAAAGAUUCGUCGAAAGAAAAAACGACUAAGAAGAAAUUCACGAGCAAGAUACACAGAAGAAAUGUAAGUUCUUCUCAAAAACCAAACGAAACUUACACUCUAUUGUCAAUAAGCGGCGCCGCCACUGCAGUUGCCGCUUCGGUACCUGAAGGACAAACCAUCGCCAACAAAAGAAAGGACUCGGAGACAUCUUCAGUCAUUCUAAACGAGCCCCAGGAACCUCCUGAUUGCGCACAGUUCGCCAAUGUUUCACCGAAUCAUUUGCAUGAUCAUAACACAAGAAUGGAGUCGAAGAUGAAUUACCUGAUAUCCAUGAUGAAACAACAAGGGAGUCGAUCUCGUUCGUCAUCAGCCCUGAGUGAGAAAGGCAUUGAUUAUAGGAAGAUAGUCGAAGAUCAGGAACGAGAGAUCAUAGAUAAAGACACAGAAAUAGAAGGCUUGAAGAAAGACGUACAGUUGCUGAUGAGUAAACUUACACUAUCAAUGUCGGGCAAAGAGUUCGGACUGGAAACCUUCCGAAAUUCUGGUUAUUACGACACAAAGCGUAAGUCCGUGACGUCAUCAUUUGAAGCCACGCCCCGAAGAAAGAAAAGCAGUGUCGAUCACUCAGAUUUAUCUAACUUGGUGCAAAAAAUGUUCCGUAAGAGUAACCCAUCUGGAAAUCGCGUGAAAAAGAGGUCGCUAACACGACCCAAAACUGUGGGAAAUUUAUCUUCCUAUGUAGAACCAGAAGACGUCCAAACAUUCGAUCAAGAGGAGACAAUAGAGUCGCAACAAACGAUUCAAGAAGAAAUACCGGAGUUUUCAAAAUCGCCCCGGAUUUCGAUUCACAAAAAAUCCGAUGUGCAAAAAUUGACUCCAACUUCGGAAGGACCUUCCAACGCUUCAACAGUAGAAUUUGAUGAAACAGCAGAAGUUAAUCCUGAACCCAUUGAAUCAAUGAAAAUUGAUUUGAGCGAGGUUGUCAAGGAAGAUGAACCGGAUAAAACUGGUCCAAACCAACAUCAACUCGAUUCAGCUAGUGAUGACUGAGUUCCUCAUCUGAAUUUAAGUUGCACAAAACAGAUAUAUAUUCUAGCAAUCAUCUCAAUUGAAUUUUAUUUUUCGACAAAAACUAUGUCUAGUUUGUCAGCGUUGUAUUUUCUCAGCCAUUAUGGAAUUCCACACAAAGAGAACUGCAAUAUCUCUAUGGCCUAGUUGUUAGAGCGCUUGAUUUAACCAAAUUAGCAUCGCAGAUAAAUACAUGGUGUCUAUAAAGACCCUUUUCAAUUUUGUCAGUUCUUAAUACAGUCAGUUCUACAAGUCAAUUUUCAAUACAUCUUAACCAGGUUUGUUGUUUUUUAAUCAGUAAUUGUUUAGAUAUUUAUCAUUUAAUAUAUUUGUGAGGGCUAAAAUAAUAUAUGGUAUCGAUAAAUUUUCUUCGCAAUUUUAGGACUUUAUGGACACCCUAUAUAUUAAGUUUAAUCCUCAUUCCCUUACCACAUGGUGCAAAAUCAAGACUGUCAAAUUCUGGUCCUUUCAUAUAAGUUGAUCCCUUUGUACCAGUGACUGUUUUUCUAGAAAAAAAAAGAGAAAAUUGAGAGGAAAUGUAGAUCCGUGGUCCCCAACCUUUCAUAUACCGUGGUCUCCUUCCGGAGGCUUUAAGCACUCAUCAUGGCCCUCUUGUUUUUAAUUUCAGUGGUAUUUUAAUUGGUGUAUUCCGAAUUUCAUUACGUUAGAACGAUACAUGCUUAACAAAUUGAGAACUCUCUGGGAAGAUAGGGGUUUUCUUGUAAAAGGUAAAGUACAAUACUUUUUUCGUUUAGCAUUGUGGCCCCCUUGAGGGACCCUGGACCCCCGGUUGGGAACUGUUGAUUGAUGCCAAAAUAUAGUUUUGGAAUAUUUGAAAGUUCCAAACAUUACGAUCAACAACUCAACUAAUGAGAUAUAUUCUUUUCUAUAGCAAUUGAAUUGAGUCGAUAUGAUCACGUUGAGGUCUCGAGUUUUGUAAUUUUGAUAUGUAACUUGGCCACGAGAAUUUUUAAGUUUCAAUUUCUAUUGUUAACCAGAAAGCUGCGUUUUACAAUAAUUUUAUAAUUUCACAUUAUGCAGCACAUAACAUACCAUUGAAAUAAAAUACAAUCCCUUCACAAUUUCAAUUUUGUUAUGAAGCCAGUACUCAAUAAAUCUUAACCAGGUUUUUUUAUUUUUAAUCAGUAAUUUUUCAAGUAUUUUAAUUUCAUCCAAUACAUCUGUUAGGGCUAAAACAAUAUAUGGUAUCGAGAAACUCCUUUUUCAAUUUUAACCAAUUUUAAGACUUUAUGGACACCCUAUGUGUUCAAAUCCUUCAAAUUUGUCAACUCUGCAAGAAUUCACCGGUCGUAUGUUGUACAUUUGCUUAGCUAACCUAAAUAUUUUAUAUUCUAAUUGGACUUCAUUUUAUUCUUUGUAUGUUUACGUCAUUUCACUUUUUAUUUGCUUAAUAAAACAAAACUUUUA